UUCUCUCCCUUAGCUUCUCUCACCAUUACCAUACAUCCUCAUAUCAUCACUUCCCAGAUUUCAAUUCUGUAUUAUUAAAAAUGAUGCACAGGUGCAGUAGCAGCUGCUCUUGCGGAAUGUACAACCAGAGCAGCAAUGACUACUCUGCAGGAUUCUCCAUGUUCUUCUCCUCCCCGCCUGCUAAUCAGAACCAUCAGUAUUAUUAUGAAGAAGCUCCGGAUUAUGAUCAAAACAUCUACUCUUCUUCUUCGUCUUCUUCUGUGGAUUGUACUCUUUCCCUGGGAACGCCUUCCACUCGUCUCACUUCUGCCAAUGAGAGGCCGCCCUCUGAAUCCCGCCGCUCUUUAUCUUCUUCAUCCCACAAGUCCGCCCGUGGCGCCGCCGCCGCCUCCGACCCUCUCGUCACUCGCCGCUGCGCUAACUGUGACACCACCUCCACCCCUCUCUGGAGAAAUGGCCCCCGAGGCCCUAAGUCGCUCUGCAAUGCGUGCGGAAUCCGAUUCAAGAAAGAGGAGAGGAGAGCGAGUGCGGCCGCCGCCGCUGCCGCGGCGGCCAACGGUGGCGGAGCGGGCGGAAUGGACAUGAUGCAUAACUCGUGGGCCCACCACACGCAAAUGCCAUACAAUAAUUACUCCUCGUCGGCGUACGGCAACGAGUACGGGUACAUGGAAGACGACGACCGUGACUCCGCCUUCCUCUCCUGGCGUCUCAACGUGCACUGCUCGUAACCGGGCCCACCAUGGCUGCACUGCACUGCAACCUCGUUAUGCAUGAAACAGGAAAAGUGAAAAAAAAAAAAAAAAAAAAAAAAAGGAAAAUGCAAAGAAUAUUUGUUGUAGGUAGGAGCAGAGAGAGUGUGAGAGAAAUGAUUUUAUUGAUUUUGGAGAAGGGGGAUGGGGGAGAGAGGAGAUGUUAAUUAUGUUUUGGCGUGUAGUGAUGGAUUCUUGAGGGAGUACUUUUCCUUUCUUUUUAGGAGUAAGUUGAUGAGAGUCAAGAUGAAGAUGAAGAACGACUACUUCUUUAACUUUCCACUUUGAUGAUGAUAUAUAUACACUUCCCUAUUUAUUGCUUUA